AUGGCAGCACUAGCCUUGCUUUCUUCGGGACAGAUCCCGCUGACGACCUUCCAAGCCAAGGUGUACCAUGCUCUAGUAAAAGUACCGGAAGGAAAAGUGACCACCUACAAAGAACUAGGUUUGGCGAUCGAUUGCCGUUCAGCCCAGGCAAUCGGACAAGCUCUCAAGCGGAAUCCGUACGCUCCCACGGUGCCCUGUCACCGGGUGGUGCAGUCGGAUCUAUCGCUAGGGGGCUUUGGAGGCACACGUAGUGGGGCGAAGAUUGACCGAAAGAUAGCACUCCUGCAAUCGGAGGGUGUUCGGUUGAACGGCAAUGGCUGCAUCGAGAAGUCGAGCGUCUAUACUUUUCCGAAGAAACCACAAUAA